GCGGCGGAGCCCUCCCGGAGCUGUGAGGGUUGAGCUCAGGGUUGUUGUUGGUUGGAGAUGGAGCCGUCGGGGUUGAUGCGUGCUGGGAUCCUUUGCUUGUUAGUAGUUCCACUUUAUGGCUUCAGUCGCGAGUCUGGGUUCGGGACGAGAACGGUGCGGUUCCGGCGGGGGUCUGAGUCGGCGCUGGCACAGGCAGGAUGCGACCUGCGAGACGGCGGCUUUGAUUUGGUGAAGGUGCUGGGCAACAACACCCACAAGUGUAUAUUUGAUGGUCUUAGUGGCUCAGUAUCCCUGUCAUGGAUUGGAGACAGCACUGGGGUUAUUCUUGUAUUGACCACAUUUCAGGUGCCUCUAGUGAUCAUGAGUUUUGGGCAGUCUAAACUCUACCGGAGUGAGGACUAUGGUAAAACUUUCAAGGACAUCACAGAUCUCAUUAACAACACUUUCAUCAGAACAGAGUUUGGAAUGGCAAUUGGACCGGAGAAUUCAGGGAAGGUGAUAUUGACAGGGGACAGAUCUGGACUAUACCAUGGUGGAAAAAUCUUCAGAUCAGAUGAUUUUGCUAAAAACUUUAUACUUACAGAGAUUCCUUUUCACCCUUUGACUCAAAUAGUUUAUCAUCCUCAGAAUUCUGAUUUCUUAUUGUCCCUCAGCACUGAGGGCAGCUUAUGGAUAUCCAAGAACUUUGGUGCUAAGUGGAAAGAAAUCCACAAAAACGUUUGCCUAGCAAAAUGGGGCUCUGGCACAACCAUCUUCUUCACCACCUACCUGAAUGGCUCCUGUAAAGCUGAUCUUGGUUUGCUGGAACUAAAGAGGACUAAAGACUUUGGAAAGUCAUUUAAAACUAUAGGAACAAAGAUCUACUCUUUUGGCCUGGGUGGACGCUUUCUUUUUGCAUCUGUGAUGACGGAAAAGGGUAAUACAAGGCGAAUCCAUGUGUCACUGGAUCAAGGUGAAACUUGGAACAUGGCCCAGCUUCCUUCGGUUGGACAAGAACAGUUUUACUCUAUCUUGGCAGCUAAUGAUGACAUGGUGUUCAUGCAUGUAGAUGAACCUGGAGAUACUGGACAUGGCACAGUUUAUACAUCUGAUGAUCAAGGCAUCAUAUAUUCCAAGUCCCUAGAAAGACAUUUUUAUACCACAACAGGAGGGGAGACAGACUUUACCAAUGUAACCUCCUUGCGGGGCACCUUUAUUACCAGUGUACUAUCAGAGGAUAAUUCGAUUCAGUCAGUGAUCACCUUUGAUCAAGGUGGGGAAUGGUCACGCUUGAGGAAACCCGAAAAUGCUAAAUGUGAUUCGACAGCCAAAAAUAAGGACAAGUGCAGCCUUCACAUCCAUUCAGUCUACAGCAUCUCCCAGAAGCUGAAUGUGCCAAUGGCACCUUUGUCUGAACCCAAUGCUGUUGGAAUUGUCAUUGCUCAUGGAAGUGUGGGAGAUGCCAUUUCAGUAAUGACCCCAGAUGUUUACAUUUCGGAUGAUGGCGGCUACACCUGGGCACGGAUGCUUGAAGGACCCCAUCACUAUGCCAUCCUGGAUUCUGGGGGCAUCAUUGUGGCCAUCGAGCAGACCAUGCAGCCUAUCAAUGUGAUUAAAUUCUCUACAGAUGAAGGACAGUGCUGGUAUGAAUAUAUUUUCACUAAAGAACCUAUAUCUUUUACUGGUCUGGCUUCAGAGCCAGGAGCAAAAUCAAUGAAUGUCAGUAUCUGGGGAUUUCGGGAGAACAUCCUGUCCCGUACAUGGAUCUCCUAUACCAUUGACUUCAGUGAACUCCUCAGCAGGGAGUGUGAGGAGAAGGACUAUACAACAUGGUUGGCUCACUCAAACAACCCCAAUAACCCUGCAGAUGGCUGUGUAUUAGGGUAUAAGGAAGAAUUCAGACGCUUGCGCAAGUCCUCGAUCUGUCAGAAUGGACGUGACUAUGUGGUAUCUAUGGUACCAUCUAUCUGCCCUUGCACAUUAGAUGACUUCCUCUGUGAUUUUGGUUACUACCGCCCAGAAAAUGAAUCUCACUGUGUGGAGCAGCCAGAGCUGAAAGGUCAUGAUUUGGAAUUUUGUCUGUAUGGGAGACAAGAGCGGUUAAAGACCAAUGGAUAUCGGAAAAUUCCAGGAGACAAAUGUGUUGGCGGGAAGCACCCUGACAGGGAGGAGACAGACCUGAAAAAGAAAUGUACUAGUGACUAUGUGAAUCCAAGCCAGAUGUCUGCCUCUUCCAGCUCCACUCCAGUCAUCCUAGCUGUCAUCGGUUUGAUGCUCACCACUGCUGUAGCGGGAGUAGUUGUUAUUAAGAAAUAUGUUUGUGGAGGAAGGUUUCUGGUGCAUCGAUACUCUGUCCUGCAGCAGCAUGCAGAAGCCAAUGGCUUUGAAGGUGUUGACACGCUAGAUGCCACUGCUCAUGCCAGUAAAACUGGUUACCAUGAUGAUUCUGAUGAGGACCUCCUGGAGUAGCAAUCAUGGGAUGUACAUGGAUUUGGAUGCUGCUACAGAAGAGCAAGAAGGUCUACAGUCCAAUGUUACUCCCAACUUGGAUGCCUUUCCUGUGUCUAAGAGAUUCUGUAUUCCUGUCACUUCCAUCAGACUGUCAUAAUCAACGAGACUGCAAGAAUUGCAUUGGGGGGAGGACGACACUGCAGCUCUGAGGAACAAAGGGAAAAACUUAUUUUAAAAUAUAACAUUAUCUUAAUCAGAUUUUUUUUCCAAGCUCUUAAGGGAAAACUAAAUAGGAACGUGAAAGCAACAUUUCACUGAACAUUAGCAUUACUAGAUACAAUUGACUACGCUGCUGGGAGAAGGCUCCAUAUACCCAGAUGGGGACAUGUUCUACCCCUACACUCUGAUGAUAAUGCAUUAUAGUUGCUGCAGUAUGUCUAGCACUUCUCCUAGCAAGCAGGGCAAUGAGAUGCUAGGGAAAGAGUCUGGGGGAGCCCAAAAGGCUGUGUGCCCAAAUGGGGCUGCUUUUAACUGUAGUGUAAUUAAUUGAGUAGACCUGCGCUGUGCAAAACAGAAUUUAUUCUGAGGCCAGCUGUAACUCUGUGGCUGGGCUCUAUGAUUCCAAGGAACUAAACUGUGAAAUCAGCAUGUGUGCUAGCGUAAAUUUUUAAAUAACUCUAUUUUGGGGGAAAAUAAUUUUAUAAAUUGUGGGACUAAGUGGUACACAUCUUUAUAAAUAAGACUUACUUAGAAUGUUAUCUUUUGAAGUAACAGAAAUUGUCUGCUCUAGAUCGGGUUGCUGAAGGAAAGCUUCAUUGUGGGCAGCACCAUGAUGAUAUUCAGUGUUGUUGUUUUUCACUAUGCACCUGUUUUCUUGAAAGCAAUAGAAUAGUGGUAGCAAGUUCUGCUCCACUUUGUCAUUGUGCACUUAGCAAUUCAUAUGCAUUGGUACAGUUAGACUUUGUUGCCCAAGUAGAAUCAUGCUUUAUUUUCCAGUAUUCACUGAGAAUACUUGGAAAGUAAUCAUCAGUUGCUUGGUUUAUUCCCUUGAGUCACUUUAGAAGCCAAUCUUGGCUGAAAAGCAGGACAAACUAGUCUUCAGGUUUAUUUAAGUGUUUAUUGAACUCUAUAGUUAAAAGGUGGUAUGCUGAGGUACCUAUAGGUGUUCAAAGUAUCUAGCAACUAUUGGAAUAGGAACACAAAGCUGCUUGGUAAAGGAAAACGGUGGAAAAACAAUGCUACUAAGCCUGUGAUAUAGUUAGCAUUUCAGAUUUCCAUUCCUAUAAGGUACUUGGAAUCUUUGGAGGAAUGAGGCAUUGUCUAAACUGAGAGACCUUCAUAACAAUGAUGAAUAUUAUAUUGACCAUUUUUAGCCCCUGGUACAUGGCCAUCAGGCAUGGGAGAGUUGGGGAGCAAAUUCCAGGGGGCCAAUGAAGUCAUGUGAUUUAUUUUUAUAAAAUAUGUGGGUUGGAUCUGAUUGGUGUGAGGAAGGUUAAGGGCGAUGUUUGUCUGUGUCUGGGGUCCUGUGAUGAAUUUGGUUUUGAAGCCAGAACUAGAGAGUUAUUGAAGAUGCACUUACUUAAAAUAUAUCAUGUCAGUGGUCUGACACCCACAAAGAGGAUAUUCCUGGACUAGUUGCCUUGGUCAUACAUGCAUUAGUUACUGGAAACCUUGCUGUGCUGUGCUUUUGCUUAGACCUGCAUUUGCUAGAAAGUACAGCUGUUCUAAGUAUAGCAAGUAGUUGAAAAUCAAACCUUUUAAGUUAUAUUUCUGUCAACAGAAGGUCUGUAUGUUCUCUCUUGUUAGUAAACUGUUGCCUGUCUCAUUACUAUUCAUGAUGUAUGUUGUGCUAAGCAUGAGCUUAACCUGUUUGAGGCAUAAUAAUGUUGGCUAGAUUGUCAAUUCCAAUUCCAAAAACCUUUAUUGGCAUAACAAGCUAGAUUGUCAUGGAUGACUUCUAACAAAUAAAGGAGGAUUCAUUAGGGACCUUUAUGAAUCCCUAAAGGGGAUUCAAGCAUACAAGCAGUUCAAAUAUACUGCUAAAGCUGCAGGUUUUUCCAACCUCUCUCCCUUCCCCCAAAAUCUCUCCAGCAGUAAUACAGUGAGAAUAAAAAUAUUGGAAGCAAGCACCUGCCUUGGAUUGCACCUGCCAUUGUUUUAGCUUUAUAGUGCUCUGAUAAAGCCCCUUACCUCCACUUUAGUUAUUACACCCCAGAGUAUAGUUGCCUGUCUUUAAAGUUUCUUAAAUAUUUGAAGUACUGUCUUUUGAAAUCAGGUAACUCAGUGGGGCUAGCUAGAUAAUCCUGCUUCAAACAGGGGUGUUCUUAAUACUGUUCUUAACAUAGCUGAACUUUGUUUACAUUUGUCCAGCGCAUAACCAAGUUGCUGUGCUACGGGUGUAAUUUUUAACAAACCUCCAGCCAUUCCUGGACUGGGAAGACAGAGAAAUUUGACCUGGCUAACUUUUACAGGGGUAGCCACAUUAGUUUGUUGCAGUACUGCAGAAUUCAGUAACAUCUUAAAGACAAAACUUUUUUUAAAAAAUGGGGUAAGAUUAAAGCAGUACUCUGAGUGUUCUUUUGUUUUGGGUUUUUGUGUGUGUGAUGGGGCUGGGGGAGACCUCAAUGCAGCAUGAGCCAACUUUUCUGACUGCUGGCUCUUCCCAUUAGCUGUCUCUAUAUUUUCCCUGUGUAUUAAAGUUUCUCUUGAAAGAGUGGGGGGGGGGGGGGAGAUUAUCCCUGAGAACUGCUCUAGGCCCAGUAUCUAUGCCAUGACUCCAUUUGUCAGCUCCUUUCCCUCUGCAGGCUUCCAUGUGGUACAGUGGCUGAUUCCACAGGGCUUGAAACUUCCCCCAGUAAUCUAUCUAUGCGGGGCUAGUGGCUGCCACUUGCUUGCUGCCUUAUGCAAUAGCAGCCCUCCUCUCACAGUGUUGAACAUGUUGUUUCAUCUUUCCUAAAGUUGUAAGGAUGCUGUCCAAGCAACAAAGUAGUCACAGGAAUAUUGCCAUGCAUGUGCUAUGAAGCAUUAGUGUUUCCCAAAUGUGCCUGUGUGGCCCUCAAGAUUUCUUGUUUUCACAAGCUUCCAUACCAUAUGCAUAAUGGCUGUAGAAUUACCACAUUCAAAUAGCCAUAGCUGAUACACUCCUCUACACAGUUUCCUAAGAUGUACAGUCUGAGGCAAGAUGUGGAAUGAAAAGUAAAAGGAGCCAUGUACAGAGUUUGUAAAUAAGCCUGGCUAUAUUAUAAAUUUGUACUGGUAUUUUUCUGUAUAUUUGCAAUAUUUGAGUUAGAAAUAAAAACCAAAAUGGACUUUUA